AGUGUUCACCAUGUUUCUUCUACAGUUCUUGGCAUUUUUGUUAACGAUCACAAUAGUUCUAACGCAAUCUGAAGUGAAUUUCAUUUGCAAGUCUGGUCAUUUGCUGAGCGGAAUCGAACGUGUGUGUGAUGGAAUUGCCCAGUGUUAUGACGGCUCAGAUGAAUUAAUUGAUUUUUGCGCACAUACCCUUUGUCCACCGGAAUAUUUUCGAUGUAAUUACGGUGCAUGCGUGCCACGGUCAAAGAAGUGCAAUGGAAUUCGUGACUGUGUUGACUUGUCGGAUGAAACAAAUUGCGGUCGCAAACAGGACAGUUGCAGUCCAACCGAAUUUUAUUGUGGCGAUAAUGGCGAUGACACCGAUUCGUAUGAAUAUUGUAUUGAGUCGUCAAAAAUUUGUGAUCAACAGCACGAUUGUUGGAAUGGUGCCGAUGAAGAUAAAACAAUUUGUGAAAAUGCAUUGUGUCCAGAAAAGACAUUUCGUUGUCGUUACGGCGGUUGCAUCUCGGAAACUGUGCUGUGCGAUGGAUUCUAUGACUGUUUGGACGGCAGUGACGAGUCGCAGGAAUUGUGCAUCAUAUUAAAAUGUCCGAAAUGCACAAAAUUUCUCGUUUCAUGUCCACCGUUUGUUGAGCAAAAUAUCGUAUCCAAAAGACUAUUGAAAAAAUGCAUGUGGAAUGGACGUCAAUUGCCAUGCGCUCAGAGUAUUUUACCCGGAACCAAAGUCACUUAUGCGUGCAAAGAUAAUUUUAAACCAAAAUCGACCAAGGAUUUGAGCAAUGAUUGGAAUUUGUGUCAGGCCGAUGGAACAUGGUUACGUGAUAUUUUGAAAUGUAAGCCGGAUUGUGGUAGACUCAGUGCCGGAAUUCCAUUGAUAACAAACGAAGAGAAAUUGCCACAAACAAUGCCAUGGCAUGCGAGCAUUUAUGUUGUCGAAAAUGUUUCGAAACCGAAAUACAUUUGUGGCGCUACGCUCAUUUCAGAAGCUGUUGUUGUUACGGUAGCACAUUGUGUGUGGAAAUACAAAGCGGAAGAUUUACGAAUCGUUAUGGGCAAUUUAAAGUCUGAAUUUGAAGACCCCGAUGAUUUUCUUGCACGGUACUUUGAGGUGCGUGACAUUUUUGUGCACGAAAUUUAUUUGGAUCAAUUUGCAAAUUAUGGAUCAGACAUUGCAUUGUUGGAACUCUUGAAAGCUGUUGAAAUUGAUGAAGUCAUUGCACCUGUUUGUAUUGAUGCCAAUUUUGACAGUGUGAAUGAUGAAGAACUAGGUAUGGUGGUUGCAUUGAGUAUGAUUGAUAAUUCAAAUGCGAGUCGAUCGCUGCAUAUUAAAAGCAUACCCAUUAUUUCACAUCAGAAAUGUGUUGAACGACAGACGUCAGAAUUUCGAAAAUAUUUAUCAAUUACAAAAUUUUGUGCGGGCUGGGCGAACGGGACGAGUGUAUGCAAUGGUGAUAGUGGCGCUGGUCUUACAAUUCGAAAAUCAGAUGGUCGACACUAUUUGCAAGGGAUUGUGAGUAUAAGUCCUCGCAAGCAAUCGACUGAUCAUUGUGAUCCCAAUCAGUACACGAUUUUCACCAAAGUGGGCAUUUAUGUAAAAUGGAUAGAAAAUUACUUGAAGCACAUCAAUGAACGUUAUAAUCCACAACUAUCAACCGAUGAUACAUCAGACGACAACGCAUCGACAUAGCCAGUUUGACAUCGACAAUGACAUAAAAAUUAUAGCUUCAAAUAGAGAUUGUAAAAAUUAAUUACCGUGACGUUGUCCGAUUUGUUUAACAUAAUAUUUUUACAAGACAAAAUAAAGAGAAAGAGAGCGA